GCAGUUGGUAUCGUCAUGCCUCGCAUUAUGCUCACUGGGGCGUGGAAGAAACUCCUUCCCCAUCACUGUCACCCUUCAUCGCCGAUUAUUACAUCAAAAAUACGCCGUUUCAGCUCGCUAGAUGCAGGAGAUGACAGCUACGGAACUCCUGUGACUCCACCGGAUCCCAUUCCCAACAGGCCUCUGAGGGCCGAGAGGCCUUUUCGCCGUCACUCUGCUUCUGAAAAACCCAACACAUCUCGACCUCAACCUCCCACUUCUGAUCGUCAAGUACAGAUUCCCCAAACUUCCAAUUUCCCUCGGAACAGGGAUGAACAGGAAUCAGACCGUUCUUUCCUUGAAAAAUUCAAGCUUGCGAAUCCUCAAGCACAACCUCCUCCCCGUAGUCGUCAAAAACAUCAUCAACAGGAACAGCAAGAACCUCCGGAGGAGGCAGCUGAGAUUUUUAAGAAGAUGAAGGAGACCGGUUUAAUUCCAAAUGCGGUUGCCAUGCUCGAUGGCCUCUGCAAGGAUGGCCUCGUUCAAGAAGCCAUGAAGCUUUUUGGGCUUAUUCGCGAGAAAGGUACAAUUCCAGAAGUUGUCAUUUACACCGCUGUAGUUGAGGGCUUCUGCAAGGCCCAUAAGCUUGACGAUGCCAAGAGGAUUUUCCGAAAGAUGCAGAACAAUGGCAUCACUCCUAAUGCUUUCUCUUACUCGGUCUUGAUUCAAGGACUGUAUAAAUGCAAUUGCUUGGAUGAUGCUGUUCAAUUCUGCUUAGAAAUGAUAGAGGCUGGAAAUUCUCCCAAUGUCACCACUUUCGUGGGUUUGGUUGAUGGGUUAUGUAGAGAGAAGGGUGUUGAAGAAGCCCAGAGAGUUAUUGAAACCUUAAGGGGGAAGGGUUUCUUUGUUAAUGACAAACAUGUUAGAGAAUUCUUGGAUAAAAAUGCACCAUUUUCGAACACUGUGAGGGAAGCAAUCUUUGGGAAGAAGACCUCACGGAAACCAUUUUAGUUUCUUCUUGGCUCAUAGAAAAUGGACGUAAGUAGCUUUGUGAGCAAACUUUGGGUGAUGAUGAUGAUCAAGGUUUAAACUUUUUAAUGCUUAUAUAUCACAACUGGAGAACAGUUUCUCCAACUUCAUAUAUGUAAGCUCGUUUCUUAAGAAUCACGGCUCUCUGGCUGCCGAGAAGAUGCUGGUCAUCGUAUUGUGUUGUGAGCAAUUGAGGAAUGUUCCCGUUAUCUUCAGUAUGGCAUGUCAUGCUAUUCUCUCUCUUGGUUCUGAUUUCUUUUUAAUAAUGCAGUUACAGUUCAUUCCUUGCUAUGUUUUA